CGCAGGCCUAGGCGGAAGGCUGCGGACUCGGAGCCUGCAGAACGCAAAGAAAGUGAUUAACUGGCGCGCCUCCCGCCCCCCUGACGGUGAAGCAGGCCGCGAUGGCGGUGCAAGCUGCGCACCUGGAGGCGGACGCCUUCUUGGUCUGCCUAAAUCACGCGCUUAGUACCGAGAAGGAAGAAGUUAUGGGGCUUUGUAUUGGAGAGGUUGAUACCAGCCGAAUAGUUCAUAUCCACUCUGUGAUCAUCUUACGCCGAUCAGAUAAAAGGAAAGAUCGUGUGGAGAUUUCUCCUGAGCAACUUUCAGCUGCUUCAACAGAAGCUGAGAGAUUGGCAGAAUUAACAGGCCGGCCUAUGAGAGUUGUAGGCUGGUAUCAUUCUCAUCCUCACAUAACAGUCUGGCCAUCACAUGUAGAUGUUCGGACUCAAGCUAUGUAUCAGAUGAUGGAUCAAGGCUUUGUGGGGCUUAUCUUCUCCUGUUUUAUCGAAGAUAAAAACACAAAGACGGGCCGGAUUCUGUACACCUGUUUCCAGUCCAUUCAGGCCCAAAAGAGCUCUGAGUAUGAGAGGAUAGAAAUUCCUGUUCACGUGGUCCCUCACAACACCAUUGGGAAAGUGUGCCUGGAGUCAGCCGUGGAGCUACCCAAGAUCUUGUGUCAAGAGGAGCAAGACGCCUAUAGAAGAAUCCAUAGCCUUACGCAUCUGGACUCAAUAACCAAGAUUCACAAUGGCUCAGUGUUCACAAAAAACCUCUGCAGCCAGAUGUCUGCCAUCAGUGGCCCUCUUCUGCAGUGGCUGGAAGACCGUCUGGAGCAAAACAAGCAAAGGAUGCAGGAACUGCAGCGGGAAAAAGAAGCGCUCCUAGAGGAACUGGCUGCCCUGGAAUAAUGAGAACAAAUGCCUAAUGGUUUAGGAAGUGGAGCAAGACUACAGGUUCCUAAGCCUAGCUGUGUCCUGCCUUGCUACUUUCCUCCUCCCUUCAUCUUGUCGCAAAUACUGCCACGAAACGAGGAGGACCCUGGGGUGUCGAAGGAGAGAUUGGCCUUGCUGAGUAGGACAGCAACCUUUUGCAGAUGGAUGCGGGCACUGCUUUAUUUUUCACACCCCUGUCUUGGGAGUCGGGGUGAGUGAUACCGUUCCCCUGACCUUGGCACGCACCCAGCAACAACAAACUCAUCUGUGCUUGUCAUGGGGACUGGUCAUUUUGAGGUUACAGAGAUCAUGUUGUGCUUGCUUUUUCCCUUCUCUCCCCAGAACAAGGAUCUGUGUCCCUAUUAAGUUUGUAAAAAAUGGAUGAUUCUGUAAUACUUGUAGAACAAUCAUUGUGCUCAUGUUCUGUCUUCUAAGAUAAAUAAAGUCAAAAUGGUUUUCA